UAAAUAUCGAUAUAUCGCCCAACCCUACUUUGGGUGCAGUACCACAAAUUUGGGUUUAUGGGUAGUGGGGGUCAUUGGUAACCAUACCUGAAAAUGUCAAUAGUUUUCGACUUGCGGUAUAGGCUGGUAUAGGCAGUAUGAUUUUUACAGAAUUUGGGGGAAAUAUGAACGGUACAGAAACAAUAGGGGACCAAGCAGCUUCGCUGCUCGGAUCCCUAAUUAUAAAGACAUCUGUGACAACCUCCUGCACCCCCUUUUGGCUCAUAGCUGCCACUACAAGGGUCAUAAUGACUUAAUUGACCACACCCGAGUGGCGAGUUGUCAUGUAAGCAGGUUUUCACUAUACUUCAGGGGGAACCCUUUUCGGUUGACGCAGGCAUGCUGCUGCUUUACUUGUUCUCAUUUGUACUUUGCUUUAUCUUAUUCUUUCCCCAAAUAUCAUUGCAGGUAAACCAAUUGUCCCUAGCCAUUAUUUUUGCAUUGUUGUAUUAUUUCAAAUAAAUUAACUUUUUGAUUUAAAAUUGAAUUCUGUUUUGACUCCCUUAUUAUGUGAUGGUGUACGAGUCCACUGUUACACAUUCCACACAAAUUGAAUGUCAACUUGUCAUGACCAAGACAACUUCUGGUAAUGUCCCUUUGAUUAAUGUCAACUUGUCAUAAUCAAGACAACCCAAAGAAUCUCAACUUGCAACAAAAACCGAAUGACAUUAAUGACAGUCAAAAAGAUUAAUCACAUGUUUAUACAGUUUAUGACAUGUUCAUGACUGUUUCAUGUCAUAGGUAUGACAGUGACAUGUCACUCUUAUGUAGAUGCCUUCAAAUAAAAUGUUACCAAAAAAUUGUCACAUAUUGGAAUUAUCUGUUCGGAAUCGAAUUCUAUGUGGAAUAGAAGAGGUGGUGUAGUCCGCUAUAAUCGACAUGUACGUAUACACUUAUUCCGAUUAGUUUGGGGUUUAACUUUGAGCAGCUGCAGUAGUUCACAAUUGGUCCACUCCGUAUGUAUUUUUCUGCACACCGAACUUGACCGCUUUUGUCUGAUUCACAUCUUUCUUAGUUUACAGAUGCGGUCUAUAGUCGCUCAAUUUAGGAGAUUAACAACCGUUGAAAGGUAUUGAAGGCAUUUUAAAACAAGGCCCAACAAGCAGUUGACAGGAGAGGUGCGGCUCCAACCAAUUUUCCAUUCUUUGAAACGAUCAACCGUUUCAUCGGAGGACGGCCAUUCGGCCAAUAUUCAAUGUGGAGCAAAAUGGAUUUUAUGUUGGUUUUAGAACAGACGAGGAUGUGAAUGUAACAUCCUCUAGUAAGAUGUCACCAUUGUUAUAAGGUUUAGGAUCAAUUCAUUGGUACACAUGACUUAUUGCUUGCUCUCUUGCGAUGGUUUGAGGUUGGCUGAUGGUAAUACAUGAGAGUACUUAAUGCUAUUCAAGUAUAACAUAUAACCCAUGUUAGGUCUUAACACGUAUUUAUUCUGUGGUAGAUGAUGACAGGGACGGCAAUGACACUGUUGGCAACGCUCAGGAGUCAAAAGCAGAGGAGACCUCCAAAGUGGCUCUUCCUGCGUCAAUAAAGAGAAAGCCACUGCUUCGAUAGAAAAUAAUGAGCCCGUAAAAUUUGUGUUGAAAUCACAUUGUUAACUUCAACUUGCACUUAUAGUAUAGAUUCCUCUACAGGUACAGUAGAUUCCUCUACAGAUAAAGUUAAAUUUGCACUGAAGCCUAUGUUAAAAUCCAGAGCUAAAAACAUUAGUGUAAAGAAUGCUCCACCCCAUUUUUUGUAACAACGCAGCCAGACCUCAAGAAUCUGCCCUUGAAGUCAGCGCCAUUUUGAAGAACCCCCAAAAGAAAGGCAAACGGAUCAUGUCGGUCAAAGUCAAGUUCAGAGGCAUCCAGAAAUUCAUCAUCAUUUCUGAAGCCAAGCUCAUUGAACUGCUUGAGUGUGCAUUCCAGAAGUUUGGCAUCUCCCUCAGCCAAUUUCCUAAUGCAAAGCUCUUUGAUGACUCCAAAACUGAGGUUGACCAUGAGGUGUUUGAAGAAGUGAUUGGUGCAAAUACUGGUGUUUAUGAGCUAUCCAUUGAUGGUGUCUCUGAAGGUUUUGUUUCUGAGCUACCAGCUGUUGGCCAUUCGACACCAGCUCUAAGUCAAGAGGACUCUAAAACUGACUCUACUGUCAUUCUAAGCGAUGAAAGUCCCCAGGGGAAACGGUCCAGACCAAAUAGGUCCGAUGCCCACGCUUUGGUUGACGAAAUACUUCGCAAGAAACCUGGUGGUGAUAAUGUCAUUAGGGAGUAUGACAGAACAAAAAUGUUGUCAGACAGCACACGGCGGAAAAUGGUGAACAUUCUAGUAGCUGAAAUGAUGGAGAAGCAUGGAAAAAUGCCACCACGCCAUAUAAGAGAAAUGUAUGCACGGGGAAUUAUCGAGCUCUUUCCAUACCUGAGGGAUCCCCAAACCAAACAUGGCUACGAACAUUACUAUGAUUCCCAGAGCGGCCAGGGUUACCUCAGUUGGCGAAUAAAGACAGUCCAGAGAAACAACUCGCACAGGAAAUCACCAAUCUCUAUCAAGAAAUUUGAUGGAGGUCCAACAGCACAAAGACAAGUUGCAGGCACCUCUCAACACUCUGAUGAAGACUGCGUCUAUGCAAUCUCCCUGAUGAAGCAUAGUGUUGAUGAAGAAACAGUCAAGCAGAAAAUGAGGAGUUCCUUUCGGUAUCGAAGGAAUAUGGUUGAAGAUCCUGAAAGAUGUGGCGAUGUCCUGGCAGAAUACCCACGUUUUAAAGAUGUGAAAGGCCUAAUUGAACAGGACUUUGUGGAGCUGUUUGGAGAGGCCACAAGCAACACAUUUAAGGAGAGAUGGCCCACCGCCUUCAAAGACAAAAUCAUCGCCCAAAGUAAGGGACUACACCGCACAGCUGAGCUCCAAGAACUCAUUGAUGUUGCUGAAUCAUCUGACCAUGUCAAUAGUGAUCGUGAAGAUAUGGGAUGGGACAGUGACAUGUCUGGAAUCCUCCUCCUCCUGUAUCUAUUUCCACCUUCAGCACAGGGUCGCAAGCGACCUGGCAAGAUGGCGGCGGCUCAAGCGGAGAAGCUUCUAGUGGUGUUUCAGAAGACAGGAACCAGCAUACAACAGCACCUUGAUUCCAUCGAAGAGAGAAGACAGCCCUAUCUUCUUGCCACGGGUACCAAGAAAAGUCGCAUCCAUGGCUACUACAUCAUACUGGACAAGCAAGCCAUAGCGUGUCAGGCUGUGAGUGCUGUUGGAGCAUUUGAUGAACUUUUCAAAGCUCACUUUGUAUUUGGCACAUCCUAUAACAAUGCGCUGUACAAAAUGUACACUUUCAUUCAGACCACAAUUUUUGAAAUAGACAUAGGGAAGGUUAGAGAGACUCCUCGGGUUGCUGAAAUCAGAGCAAGAUUGCUCCACUUAAUUAGCUGUUGAGCUCUACUAAUCUAUGAGCCAGGUGGUCUCUGACGAUAUGUUGUGUAUUCUAUGUAGUGAAUGUUUUGGUGGGGUGAAUCUUCUUGUUAGACACUUGAAGAGUGUUCGUGGUUUAUUGCCUGGGAAAAUUCUCUCCCUUAAAUGUGGCCAGACUGGUUGUUCUCUUGAGUUUGGGUCGUUUUCAGGGUUUAGAAAACAUUUAAAUCGCGUUCACAGUGGACAAAUUUCAGUUCAAAGUAUCACUGAGGGACAGAACUCUGAGGCCAGAAAUGUGCCAAUGUCUUGUGAUGAUGAUAGUGAUUUGUGUUUUAGCGAUGUGGCUACCUCCUCAGUCAAAACUGCUGAUCUUUCAGUGACCAAUAAAAACACCAAGGAUGCUUGUGGAGCUAUUGUAGCUCAACUGCUGUCAGCAGGAGUAGGCCUAAAUACUGUUGAUGUGGUAGUGUCGUCAUUGGAAGAACUUGUAGAACAGAUUCAAAGUCAGGUGAAAGAAACAGCGUUAAAUGCUUAUCCCCAGAAAAUGAAAUGCAUACUGGAAUUACAAAAGCAUUUAGUGAAAUUUAAAAUCCAUUUACCUCCCUUUAUACAGUCUCUAAACAGAAGUCCUAUUUCAAAGAGACAUGUGAAAUUGUUACUCCUCUAGAGAAAGUACUUGGAGUCAGGUUUGAUAAUAGGAGGAAGAAAAAAACUGGUACUUACGACCAAGUGCUCGUCACAGACAAAUUCUCUUAUGUUCCUAUUCUACAAACAUUACUGUCCAUUUUCAAAAAUCCAAAAACGAGCAGUAUGCUCUAAUCUGGCAGGAGUUCCCCAGAUGGCUUCUAUGUUGAUUUGGAGGAUGGGUUAUACAUAAAGGCACAUCCACUUUUUUCAAGUGAGUCAUGCAUUAAAAAUACAGUUCUAUGAUGACUUUGAACCAUGUAAUCCCUUGGGAUCCAAGAGAGGUUCUCAUAAAAUAGGAGGCAUAUACUUUACAUUGAGAAAUUUCCAGUCUAAAUGUAAUUAAUGUUUGGACAACAUACAUCUAUGCAUUCUCUUCCACACCCAAGAUAUUAAAACAUAUGGGUUCAAUGCAAUAUUAGAGCCACUUGUGUCAGAGCUUAAAGUACUCGAAUUGAAGUUCAAUGCUUUAAUGGCCGUUUACGGGGUAGUAUAUUCCAAGUAAUGGGGGAUAAUCUUGGAUUGCAUUGCUUGUUUGGAUAUGUUGAAUCAUUUUCAGCCCGUUACUGCUGUCGAUUUUGCCUGACUGAGAAGGAAAAUUUUCAUACUGCCUUUUCGAGGAUGACCCCAGUGUGACUUUACGAUCAAAAGAUAUGCACCUGCAACAUUGUGAAGCUAUACAGGCAAACCCAACACUAACUCAUGUGUAUGGUGUUAAGCGUAAUUGUUUACUUGAUGAGCUUAAGUUCUUCAGUGUAUCAGAGAAUUUUUCUGUUGACAUAAUGCACGAUAUAUUGGAAGGAGUUGCCCAAUACGAGAUGAAACUAAUAUUCGAAUAUUUGAAGUCUGACUUCAUUUCACACAGAGAACUACAAGCUUGGAUAGUCUCAUUCAAUUAUGGCUACACAGAGAGUAGGAACAAGCCACCUGGAGUCAGACUAGAAGAAGGAAUUGAUUUAGGGCUUAAUGCUAUCCAGACAUGGUGUUUUGUCAGAAAUAUGCCCCUUAUAUUUGGGGAUGUUUUGCAGAGAGGUGACAAGUGCUGGCAGCUUCUUUUACUACUAGUCAACAUUGCGUUUUCACCUAUUUUAACAGAAGGUUUGACCAUUUGUUUAAAACAUUUCAUAGCUGAACAUCACAGGCUAUUCAAACAUUUAUUUCCCUCUAAAAGGCUUUUGCCCAAACAUCCUUUUCUAAUUCAUUAUCCACGUUUAAGACUUCUGGGGCCUGUUCUUCACAUGUGGUCAAUGCGUUAUGAGUCUAAGAAUUAUUACUUCAAAAGACAACUGAAAAGUUUUAAAAAUGUAACUAAGACUCAAGCAAUCAAACAUCAAAGUGACUCGGCCUACACGUUUGGCUUGGCGUCUACCACUAUUAAAAAGGGUCCUGGGAAAAUGGUUGCUCUGUGUGAUGUGAAUGAGGGUGACAAUAUUGCAUUGUAUUUGAAUGUUUCUGUGGAAAUUUGGGCAAAAGUCCAUGGCACUGAAUAUCGCCCCAAGUUGAUUAUUUGCAGUAGUGUUGACAUUGAUCUUCCUAAGUUUUGUCAAAUCAGAGACAUUAUUGUACAAGAUGAAGUAGUACUUUUGAUCUGUGUAGUUCUACAUACAUGUUGUUUUGAUUAACAUUUUCAUUCAUUUAAAGUCAGUUUCGAAGAGGUUGAGGAAUGGAAGAUUGUCAGUGUAAAUGAACUUGUGUACCGUAAACCGUUUGACUUGCUGAUGAAAUAUGGCACACAGGAUGAAUUUAAAUAUAUUGUGCCGAAUUGUGUCUUCAUUUAGAAGUCAUGUUAACCUCUCCAAUAAAAUCUGAACUGAAGCUGAAA